GUUGUCUAGCGCUGAAACAGCAGAAGAAGAAGGGCGGUUCCGGUCCUCGUGGGAGAAGAGGAGCAACAUGGCGCCUCCAGGGGGGAAGAUAAACAGACCCAAGACGGAGCUCGGGAAGAAGCUCUUUAAGCGGCGCCGGGUUCUGGGCCGGCAGAAGAAGAAGCAGAACCAGAUCAUUGGAGCCGUAGUAGACCAAGACCUCAUCACCGUCCAUCACCUGAAGAAGAGGCGGUCCAGCCCCAGAGCCAACAUCACGCUCUCUGGGAAGAAGAGGCGGAAGCUACUGAAGCAGCUGCAGCACCUGCAGACGGAGAAGUCAUCCAUGGAAGUGGAACCAGAACCACAGAAGAAGAAGAUCUCCUCUUCAUCAUCAUCAGCUGCUCCAAAGAAGAGGAAGAAGAAGGGGCCUGGUUGCCAUGGAGAUGUGGAGAUGGAGGAUGUGGAGUGAGCAGAGGUCCGAUUAGUCAGGAAGGUUCUGCAUGAACUCAGAACCACCUAGUGUGGAUCAGAACCAGCGACCAGAACCUUCUCUGAACUUCAUCUGGUCCAGUUUAACCGAAGCUGCAGAUUAAUUUCUGUUUCUGAGGGCAGAACCUGGUCAGAACCCGGUCAGACGUCAGUGGACAUUUUUACUGUUUCUCUGUUGUAAUAAAAAGGUCCAAAUGUUC